AAAUGACCUUCGAGCCUAGGCUCAGGAUGUGAACGAUACCACUAAGUUAUCGAUCGAUGCAGUGACUAUCAUAUACUUAUAAUCGUGACUGCGCAGAUAGAGCUGUGUUUGGGUUCCUUGCGCCAGCCAGCAAGAGUCACUCGUAUUCUUAUACAUAGUACAUACGUCCCACAACACGACAUCGUGUCCUCCGCAGCUGCCAGGUGCUCACCUUGACGGUAACAACGUUGACUUCUCGUGAUCAACGCACAUGUCCGAGGCCAGCUCAUACCAUCAUGACUACCACGGUCAUCCAGACACGCACUACUAUGCUGAUCCCGGGGAGCGCCCCUCUAGCUCCGUACACAGAAACAGAUACAGUCCCAGGCGAGUGCGAGACGUGUCCUGGAUCAGCCAACAGCCUCCAUCCCCAACUAAUGACCCGUAUGCGCGAUGGCACCCGCCUCCAUCCGACCCCGUAGACUUCCCCACACCUGUAUUUCCAGACCAACCGCUCCCCAUGGCACAUUCCUCCCCCAUGAUGGGACGUCCUCCAUCGUCUGGCAUGAGAAUGCCUUCCCCGAUGAUCGGAGAAUACAUGACCGUGGAGGACCCUGAGUAUGACGAGGAAGAGGUACCGGAGGACAACGAGGAGAUUGACUUUGAUUUCUCUAACGCUCCUCAACACCCCACAGACGGGCUGAAAGGUGCACGGCGCUGGGUCGGGGGCUUCGUCAAAGGCCUCCGCAAGUUCCCUGGACUGCGCAAGUCCCCGCACAGACCAUCACCAUCGAAUGACUUUGCACCGCCGUCACUUGGUGCUCAUCAUGAGAAUGAUGUGCAAUUUCCAAAUAUAGCGAGCCUGCGUUUGCGCCCACUCACACCCACUGGAAUAGCGCAGACUGCAGAGUUGAUGAACAUGCCUCAACCCGCGUCGUACCCGCAACCAUCGCCACAGCAUCAUGCAUAUCAGCAGCAGCCAUAUGUGCAUAGACCACCUCCCCCAGCAGCGUCAUCGCCAGUGUAUGCCCCUGGAGCGGAUGUUGUCCCUCAAGUCCUCUCAACAGUUGAUGAGCGCUCAAGUGAGCAAACUGGAACACACGAGACACAUCCGCCCCCACAUUUUCCCGUUGAGCAUACUCAUUCUCCCCGUGCUCAUACGCAUGCCCAGCCACAUUCACGUUCACAUUCACGUUCACAUUCAAAUUCGCAUUCGCAUUCACGUUCCCAUUCCCGUUCCCAUUCACAAUCUCAUUCUUUAACUGUUCAACCUGUCCACCCCAACACAACUUUCACCGUGACUGACUAUGUUACUGUUCCCUCGCCUCGGCAGUUCGCUCCUCCCCGACCUACGCCCAUCAAGCGCUUCCUACAUAACCUCGACCAGCUCCCCUGGGUUGAGCACGAGCAAAUCGUCGAUGCCUACUUCCCCGGCCGUUCCUCCCGCCACCGCCGCCACCCAGAAUCACCCGUGUAUGAAGGACAAAAACCUGUAGCAUCGUGGUACAACAAGCGACAAAAUUCCCUCCCGCAAGGGAUGGGUGUUGGACCGAGCAACGCGUCCCUAUUGUAUGGAUUGCCGCCACAGAUGCAAAAGGCUUACUCGCACCAGGGGAUGGUUUAUCCACAGUUCCCAAACGGGUAUGUACCUGUGCAGCCCGCGUUUGUAUACCCUGCUACUACUUUCUCUCUACCGCCGAGGAUGUAUUAGGAAUCCGGUGCGAGUCACUGUCGUUUUGAGGUAAAUACGACGUGUCGUUGAUCGCCCAUAGUUGAUUGAGUUGUUUCAGGAUCAUUGUGGAAUAUGCCGGUCAACCUACUGUUGUUUUCAAUUGGUUUGAUACACGCAUGUUAAUCACUUUAACAGUACUUUGAAUUGAUUGCUUUUUAGACUGA